AGUACUUGUAGGCAACUGUUGAGGGGUGAGUUGACCUGAGUUGGGGAUAGCCGGUAAGUUAUGAAAGUCAACAGUGAAACAGUCUUGGAGGGGAGAAAAAUAGUCCUAGUACCUUACAGAAAGGAACACGUUCCAAGAUAUCAUGACUGGAUGCAGUCACCAGAACUGUUGGAGCAAACAGCAUCUGAAAGACUGACACUGGAUCAGGAAUAUGAAAUGCAACAGAGUUGGUUCUUAGAUGAAAACAAGUGUACAUUUAUCAUCUUGGACAGAAACAAAUGGGUCCAUCCAGAAGUUACAGAAAUAGAAUGUAUGGCUGGUGAUGUCAAUUUGUUCUUCGAUGACAGCCAGCAAGAAGUUGCAGAGAUAGAAAUUAUGAUAGCAGAACCAUCUUGUAGAAGAUGUGGACUUGGAAGAGAAGCCCUAUUAGCCAUGAUGAACUAUGGUGUUACCUGCCUAGGAGUAAAAAAAUAUGUAGCGAAGAUCGGUUGCGGUAACGAACCAAGUUUAGCACUUUUCCGCAAAUUGGGAUUUGUUGAGAUUUCCGUCAGUGAAGUAUUCAAAGAGGUUACACUGGAGAUGCAAGUAACCCAGAGUGUGAAACGACAGCUUACUCAGGCAACCAGUUACAUUCUUCAUCACAAGUAUCCCUACAGACCUACUCAGAACUCGGAUAAAAACUUGUAAUCAGUCAUGGAAGCUAUGGGAGAAUUCAUCAAACAUGUUUUGUUUUCUCGAUCUCUGCACUUGCAGAGUCACAGAACUUCCGAGAUGUCGGAUACAAGGACACGAUCUUUUCACACUCCGUUUUUAUCAUGUGACAGGCCGAAUGUCCGGAACAUAGAUUUCAGCAUGAAAUCGAAUGUUAUUACAGUUGCCAUUUAAGCGCGCAAGGAUACCUAAAGGUUACAACAGCCCUGUUCUUAGCGGACUUUGAAAAAGAGGAACAUUGCCUUGUUGUCCAGUUUCUGAAAUAUUCUGUUCAUAAAUGUAUGGGGACGACACGAGAAGAAGUCAUUCACUUGAUGAGAGCAGAGUUUCUCCUCGGUAUGUUAAUAAGGAAACCAAAGUCGAUCUUAGUUACUUUGCCUUCCAUUGCAUCACCAACACUCGCAUUCGUAGUUACUGAGCUCGAAGGCCCGUGUCUUUAUCACUGAUACACAUUUGCAAUCCAGUUUAAUCCUCUUCGUCCUGAGCUAUCUUUGUUCAGUUAUUCGGUUUGUAGUCAUCUUUUUAUUUUUUGUACUUUUGUACCCGCAGAGAAAAGACUAAAAACACUAUGGCGUAACCCUUUUAUCAUCUCUCGAUAUAGCCCCCCCCUCCUCCCCCCUCCGUAUUCCUACAUUCGUAAUAGAUAUUUUGGUAAAGGAGAAAUCAUUGCAGUUAGCAAUGGUUAGAUACACUAUUGAAGCAAUUGUGAAAUUGAAAUUAGAAUCACAGAAGAGGAAAAUUACCCUUGCAAAGGGUUCGAACCAUGAUCGUCACUCGUUUUCCAAUGAAUAUGUCCGGAAGGAAUCCCUGCUUUUUUUGUUUACUUCCGUGUUGAAGAACUCCACGGGACUCCCGAAAGUAUCGCAAGGAGACAACCUUGAAAAAAUAAAAACAAUCACGCUGCAAGCAAAAGUAUACUUAUUACUGACGUUCCUUUCUACUGAUGAAAGGCUAAUGUGCCAAUUUUCGAAAUGAUAGUUCUCAGUCGUAUAAUAAAUCGAAAUUUUCGUUUUCAGUAAAAUGGGAAAAUGAUGAAUAAUAAGCUAUUUACAUCCGUUUUAAUCGAAGAAACCAAAUAGAAAUGGUUUUUUUCAUAGCUCUCAAGGUUCACUGAGUAAAGUUUAAUUAAUAUUUCAAAGUACAUGGGUAUUCCGUUUUCGAAAGUUCGAAGAGGAAUGUUUAUUUUACCAGCUGAAACUGUGUCGAAAGUUAACCUCACAAGGCAAGACCCUCUGUGAAUUAACGAAUCAUGUGAGAGGUGCAUGCGCUUCCGUGAAGAUUAAAGUUUUGAAGUGCACGAAAGAUUUAU